CUCGAAUCUCUUCCCCGUGAGCUUCUAGACGACAUCACAUCCUACCUACAGCCUCACCAGCUUGCCCAACUCUCGUUCACUUGCAAGUAUCUCAGCCAGCAUGUUGAGCCUCUCCUCUGGGAAAGCGUUGAACUCCAUAAGCCUGGCUACCACGCAUUAUCCGUCGAACCAAACUCGGCGCCUCCUAUCAGACCCGCAUCCUACUAUCGAUGGAUUUAUGGCUGGACAAGUUUUUUGAGAGCAAGUCAUAGAGCAGAGGCUUUCUUCACCAUGCUGCAGCGGCUACACAGGGAUGACCCGGAACAGCUCCAGCGACUCGCUAGUCGCGUCAAGAGCCUCUGCGCUGUUAUUAAACCAGACUGGCAACCUCGCACCGCCGACAGUAAUGAAGCCGUUCGAAAUGGCAUCAUCCAGUUCUGGCAGCUAUUGCCAUUCUUUAUAAACCUGGAAAAGCUCGAACUUCAUGGUGACCUCGCCUCAAAACCAGAACACGAGCAACCCACCCCCGAAAUCACAGCUCCGCCUCUGUCACUCCAAGUUGCCAAGCUGUUCGGUUACAUCCCUUGCACUGUUUCAGCGUGGCUUCUCAAGUCGGGAAACACGCUUGAGUGGCUGGAACUCGGACUCCUAGAUCGUCCAUUUGAUCUUGUGGAUAGCGAUGAGGAGGAUUUGCUGCGUUCACGCGACAUAGGCGAAGGCGAAGGCAGUCAAAAUGAGCGCGAAGCCUACGAGAUUGACCACAACGACGAAUACUUCUACUCCACCAUUCCACGACCUUUGGUCAACUUUCUCCCAAGCUCUCCCAACCUCGAGUUCCGCUCAGAGUUAACCCUGCCACGGUUGAAGCAUCUGCAUCUAUGCCAGCCAUGCAAAGGAAGCUAUGACACGCAUGUGGUCAGCUGGUCGAUAACUAAUCAAGCAAAAUGCCUCUCGGACUGGCGAGACAUUCUUCUGGCUUGCGGCAAUACCGUUGAGGUGCUGGUUUUGGAGCAACGGCCAUCUAUUGACUUGUGGGGUGUCGAGGAGCACCACUUAGACGAAGCCGAGGUUCUAGAGGACGAUCAGAAUGGAAAAAGACACAGAGCACUAAUAAAGAUGGUCCAGAGGCUCUUGGUGCCUGAAGAUGCUUUGAAAGGGGUGAAGCGAGUGUACCUAUACGGAAUGGUUGUCGGGCAGGAUGAGCUGGGGAACCCGACAGACCGCUAUCCCUCUGGCCGGUUCAUGCGUCUUCUCGAGUCGCGAGGGAUCAAGUGUGAGGCUCGGCAGGGCCAUUGGUUCGUGUACGACGAG